AUGUAUUAAAAAGUUGUAAAUUUAAUGCAAACUGCUGACAUGUUUGGAGCUGAUAUAACAUUGAAUAUUUAAAAUAGAGGAAAAUUUACUUCUUUUUUUGGAGGUUUAAUGAGUUUGAUUGUAUGGAUAGCAAUGCUUUAUGUGAUUAUUUCAGAAGCAAUAAGUUUAAUCAAUAGAGAAGAUUAAUAAGUAAAAAUUUAUUUAAGAAUAAGGCUAUCACUAGAACAAUUAAUGAUAUCAGUCCAAAUGCUAGAGUUCUCAAUAUUUCCAAUUUUAUGAUAGGAGUUAAAUUAGAAGAUCCUUUAUAAGCAAUAUUUAAUACCACAAAUUAGACCAUGUUUAACAUUACUAUAUAUUAGAAUCAUAUUAUUACAUUUUCUAAUAAAACAAGAAUUAAAAAAGUUAAUACUAGUAUAACUCUUGAACAAUGUACUAGUAAACAUUUUUCAUCAUUAAAUUUGAUAUCUGAAUCAGAUGAAAUAGAUAGCUAUACUUCAUAUUUUUGCUUACCUCUUAAUUAUUCAUUUAUUUUGGAAGGUACUUACAAUUCAUAGAGUUUUUAAUAUACUUCAAUCAAAGUUUCUGCUUGCAAAGAUUCAUCAUUAUGUUUUACUAAAGAUUAAUUAAGUUUAUUACCUGAACGACAGGCAUUUAAAUUAUCUACCUUAAUGUAUACAACAAUAAUAAAUCCUUUUUCUAAUGAAGAAAUUGUUACUUAAUAACUUUUUUAGGAUUUUUAUCAAUAAACAAAAAAACUCUAAGAACAGGUUUCAGAUAUAUUUUUGGAGCCAAAUACUCUUUAAAUAGAUAAUUCAGUUUUACCUUUUGAAGAGGAUACUUUCUUUGGAGAGUAUUGGUCAUUCCGUUUAGGAAAUAUAAGAAGUUAUACUGUAAAAUUAAUAUAACAUUAAUUAGAAUGAUUAUGCUGAACCAACUAGUUAUUAUUCAAUUAAUCUUAGAAUCUCUUCAGAAUAUUAUUCAUCAUUUAUAUCAUACAAAAAAUUUGGUGAUUUCAUUUCUUUUAUAGGAGGCACCUUAAAAGUGAUUUCUAGUUUAAUUGGUAUUAUUGUUAUUAAAUAUAAUACGAUUGGAUUUAAAUUAAUGUUAGCUAAUACUCUUUAUUAGUGUAAAAUAGAUGAUUCUUCUAAAUCUAAAAAAAGAGCAGAGUCAAAUGAUAUUUUUAAAUUUCUUUAAAAAGAGAAAGAAUAAGCAGCAGUUUUGUAACAAAAAUUUAGAGGAUCAACAAAGAAAUUGCUUUAAUUUAAUAAAGUUACAGGCAUUUUUAAAUCUUAAAGAUUUACUUAAGUAUAUAAAUCAGAUACAGAUCUCCUAAAAGAUGCUUAGUAAUAAUCCAAUCUAAAAGAAAUAGAUUCAGUAAAAUUAGAACCAACGAGCCAUGAACAUGGAUCUAUAGAUCAUCUCAAAGAUGCCUUUAUUUAAAAUAUGUUAGAACAUUUGCUUAUGGCCAAUGAAAAAAUUAAAUUAGGAUUAAAUUUUAUUAUUUAUUAUCUUUCCUGUUUCAGGCAUUUUGAAAGAUAUAAAAGAAUUUAUAUAGUCCUUCAAAAAUCAACAAUUCAUGUUAAUAAUGAUCUAGAUAUUGUUCUAAUAUUGCAGAAGCUCUAAGAAAUUAAUAAAAUAAAACAUUUAUUACUUGACUAAAACCAAUUACAACUUUUUAAUUACAUACCAUAGCCAAUAAUAACUUGGCAUGGACUACAAGUAAAAGACCCAUAAUUAUUAAAGGAUUCUAUUGCAAAACUUAAUGUAAUUGGUAAAGUAUCCAGAUAUGAUAAUCGAAGCAAAUUGUUAAAAUUAUUUAAAGCAUACUAAGAAGUUAAAAUGGAUGAAAAUUAAAAAGAAAUUAAUUCAAGACUUAUAGAAUAAUUGGGACCAAUUGUUUAAAAAGUUUUCCAAUAAUCUGAUUAAAUAGCUGAAGAUUAUAAUAAGAUGAAAUCUGAGGAAGAUAAUCAUAUUAAAAUCAAUAAACCAGCUCCAUUAAAUACUAUGAAUGUUUCUUCGCAUAAUUUAGUCAAGAAUUUUGCAAAAAACUAUUUGUAGUCAAAAUCAGAUGCAAUCGAAAUUGAAGAUAUUGUUUUUGAAUGA